AUGGUUCGUCGCUGGGCGGCCUGGAAAUCGCUGCAACAAGCAGUCGUUGCUGCUAGCGCAAACAACCAUAUCACCGUGUUGAAGCUUCUCUGGAAGGCGUUUAACCCCGCAAAGUACUCCGCUUUGGGUGCAUUUUCCACAGUUGUAGAGAUUCUGAAUGACGCAUCGGGGAAUGGGCAUCUGCGCGUGGUAAAGCUCGCAGUCGACGCCAAGUACGCGAAGUUUGUGCGCCGGUCGGGUGCGUUGGCCCAGGCAAUCUCAGGACGGCGAGCUGAUGUGGUGGAGUUCUUGCUUGGGUUAGGCGCUUCCUGGUGCGAUUUGGUGGCGGCUUUCGUCGCGGCAAGCGAAACUAGUCAAGACGCGCUUGCAGGUCGAGUGUACAACGUUUAUCGCGAGAAGUACAAGGGGAGGCCGCUUCUUGUGGAGCUGGCAUGCCGUGGUGGUUGGACCAAUGCCAUUAAGUAUCUGUACAGCUACGAAGACAGCGACCCCGAAGUGGUUAAUAAUGCGUUUAUCAGUGCUGCUAAGCGUGGCUCUAUCGCCACGGUGAAGUUUCUACUUGGUACCAAUCAAGUGUUGCCAGAUUCAUUUGACGAGGCUGUGGAGGUUGCGGCUACUCGGAACAACGUUGACUUGGUGAAAUUUCUCUGUAGUACGAAGCGUGCAACCCCGUCUUCUAUUGACCGAGCAUUCGUCGCUGCAAAUAGGACUGAGGUGGUCAAAUUUCUGUACGAGAACGAGGGCGUCUCCAGCGAAGCGGUCGUUGCUGGGUUUAAGCAAGCUUCUGGCUGGGGGGUGGAGUACUCGCGGUUUCGAUUCACCAAUAAUGAGGUUAAGAUCUUCAAGCUAUUAUAUGAAGAUAGCCGUAUACAAGUUGAGGUGGUUGGCAGGGUGCUGGUGCAGGCAGCAUCCAACGGUCAAGCUGAAAUCGUGGCUUUGCUGCGUCACGACACGCGCAUAUCCGCUGAGCUGAGGGGCGAGGCUUUCGAGUGGGCGUCCACGUGUGAGACCAGUGACUUAAUGCUCUUGCUCUACGAAACAGCGGACUUCUCGAAAGGCGAUCAGGGCCGCGUUCUCUCACGCAUUGUGUCGCCCGGCGAACCUGAAGAAGUUGGUAGAACUGAUCUUCACUGA